CUUUUUACUCAUUAACAUUUCUCCUUCCAUUUGAGCUCAAAUUAAUGAUGAACUGAGAUUCUGCAACUGUUUGAAAUGGGUAGAACUAGAAGAACGGCGAAGGGUUUUGAUGUUAGUAGGGCUAAAGACUUCUUGAAUUACUUGUCGAAUGAUAAACCUUUAUUUCCAUGGAUGAUUGCUUUGAUUCUGAUUGUUUGGUCGAUUGAGAGAUGGUUCAUGUGCUUUACUAACUUCGUUCCUCUUUCAGUUGCUGUCUGGGCAACUUAUCAGUAUGGAAACUAUCAAUCUCAGAUUCAAGCUAAGGAUUUGGAAAGAAGAUGGAAGCAAGUCAUGUCGAAUGCAUCACCUGUUACCCCAUUAGAGCAUUGUGAAUGGUUCAACAAAUUACUUAAUGAAAUUUGGCCCAACUUCGUGAAUCCAAAGCUUUCACUGAAAUUUUCAUCCAUUGUUGAGGAACGAUUGAAGCAUCGAAAGCCUCCUUUAAUAGAGAAGAUUGAACUGGAAGAAUUCUCACUAGGUUCUUGUCCACCAAGUUUUGGCCUUAAUGGUACUUGUUGGUCAAUGUUUAGAGACCAGAGAACUAUGCGGACGAGCUUUGACUGGGACACAACCGACGUGAGUAUUCUUUUGGUGGCCAAGUUGACUAAUCCUUUGAUGAGGAUUGCAAAGAUAGCAGUAAAAAAUGUUCAUAUUAAAGGAGAGCUUCUUUUGAGGCCAAUUCUAGAUGGAAAAGCUGUUCUAUACUCUUUCUUAUACUCUCCCGAGGUUAGAAUAGAUUUGGCAUUUGGAACUGGCGAAACCCAAUCAUUACCAGCCACCGAAUUCCCAAUUGUUUCUUCUUGGCUGGUUAAGGUUUUAAAUGAUACAAUAGAAAAGACAAUGGUUGAACCUCGUCGAAGAUGUCUGUCUUUGCCUUCUGUAGACUUGAGGAAAAGUGUAGUGGGGGGAAUGGUUUAUGUUAAAGUAAUUUCUGCUAGUGAACUUUCUGUAAGACAACCUAGUUUAGAAGGUUACCAUAUUGAGAAAGAUCUAUCUACAUUUGUGGAGGUCAAACUCGAGCAGCUUUCUAGGAAGACUGAUUUGAGAUCAGGAACAAAACCAAAAUGGAAUGCAUCGUUCAAUAUGGUUUUACAUGAUGAAAUGGGGAUUCUGAAAUUCCAUCUUUAUGAAUCUAAUCCGGGAAAUGCUAGGUACAACCACCUUGCAACCUGUGAAAUUAAGAUGAAAUAUGUUGCCGAUGAUUCAGUAAUAUAUUGGGCAUUAGGACCGGACAAUGGCAUUGUUGCUCAGCAUGCUGAAUUUUGUGGAAAAGAAGUUGAAAUGAUUGUUCCCUUUGAGGGAAUGGAUUCUGGAAAGUUAACUGUAAGACUUAUCUUAAAGGAAUGGCACUGUUCCGAUGGUUCACUUAGCUUGAGCCAUUUACCAUUAUCUGGAUCCUCCUCAAGUUUCACUUCCAAAACUGGGAGAAAGAUUUCAGUUACAGUUGUUGAAGGGAAGGAUCUUAUCGGGAUGCACAAGUUUGGAAAAUGUGAUCCUUACGUUAAACUUCAGUAUGGAAAGGACAUUCAGGAAACCAAAGUUGUUAGGCACACAACAAGUCCUGUAUGGGAUAAGCAGUUUGAGUUCGAGGAAUUAACAAAUGGCGAGUAUUUGAAAAUAAAGUGUUAUAGUGAUGAUACUUUUAUAGACAAGAACCUCGGUGGUGCACAAGUCAGCUUAGAAGGACUAAUCGAUGGCUGCCCAAGAGAUGUUUGGGUCCCACUUGAGAAUGUUGAUUCAGGAGAUGUACGGCUUAAGAUAGAGGCCUCAAAAAUUGAUGAUAACGACGGUUCGAAUGCUUGGAUUGAACUUGUUCUCAUAGAAGCGAAAGAUCUGGUGGCUGCGGAUCGUAAUGGAAAGAGUGAUCCGUAUGUUAGGGUUCAUUAUGGAUCAGUUAAGGAGAAAACUAAGGUAAUGUAUAAGACUUUGAAUCCGAUAUGGAAUCAAAAGUUUAAAUUUUUGGAUGAUGGCAGUCAUUUGGCUUUGUAUGUGAAAGAUCACAACACGGUUUUACCUACAUCGAGCAUUGGCGAAUGCGUCGUGAAUUAUCAGCAAUUGGAUCUUAACCAACCUUGCGAGAAAUGGGUAGCUCUUGAAGGGGUGAAAAAUGGAGAGAUUCGUAUUCGAAUCACGAGAAAGAAUUUCGAAGUUGAAAAGAGAUUAUCUUUUGAAUCGGAAACAUGUACGAUUAAAGCGCACCGAAACUCUUGCCUGAUGAAACAAAUUAUGAUAAAACUCGAUACAUUGGUGGAUGGUGAUGAUCUAGGUGAGGUGUCGGAAUCUCUGAGAGAGCUGGAGAGGCUUUACGUUGGGCAAGAAGAGUACAUGAUCCAGCUUGAGACGGAGAAGAAGCUCUUGCUCGACAAGAUUAGUGAACUCGACCAUGAAAUCUUGAAUUCGUCUCCUCCUUAAAUAAGUAGGAGAUCGAAUCUUUGCUUAAAUAUGCAUGCAUGGCUGGCUUAAUGUGUAUAUGUACAAACAACUCAAAUGUUUAUUUUUUCUGCAUUUUUGUGUGAUUUUGGCGGUGAGAUCUAGUAAUCAUCAAAUUAUAUUUGAAUAAAUAACAAAUUAUAUAUAUCUUCAUAAAGAUUGGUCAAAUUAUAUUUGAAUAAAUAA